UUGUCCAUAUAAAUGAUACUAUACAGAGCGUAUGUCUGUCUUGUGAGCUAUUUACGUUGACGGCCGAUCCCUCAGGCGUUUUGAAGAAUAAAACGCAAACAUUAGACGAGGAAAAAAUUCGUGUUUUACGUAUACUGUGUGUGCGUUUUUAAUCGGGCUUCAUCCAGAAAUUUGUUUUUACGUUUCGGAGGCGCUUUUUAUAUGUAAAAUUAUCUAGCAUUGUUGAUGCAAGGUACGUGGAGAGUGUUGAUGAGCUGUUACGUGGGUGUCGUGUCUGUGCUUUAAAAUUGUGGAAUACUAAUGACAUUGGAUAUAUGACUUGAAAGUGACACAAACCGGCCUCCGAACAAGUGGCGACAACGAAAAUGCUGUGGCCGAAACGCCAACCUUGCCGCUGCUAUCUCCCGGAAGUUAUCACUCAGAGAAUGUUACAUUAAACUGGCGGCUAAUUAUUACCCUGGAAGAGAAUAAUUUGCUCAGAACUAACGCUACGACGUGAAUAUCAAUGUUGAGAAACUCGUGAGAGUUUUAUAAAAUGACUACACAGAUGAUUCGUGUUUAUAUCGAGAUUUACUUCUUUAAAGAUCAUACGUUUUAGAUAUCCAACGAAAUGCAUGAGCUCGUAUGCAAAACACAUGAUGAUAGACAAUGCGCGAGGAAAUUGCUUUGAUGCACAGGAUAAUAUAUGCCGUUUAGUGAUUGAGUGAACGCAACCCGAGUGAAGAAUUCUUAACAUUUAACAGCUGGGAUAUUGCGCAAUUAGUUUUAAUAAUCAGAUGGUUAUGUUCCGAUCAAUUUCAGAAUGUGUGAUUUGUACAUCCGAAAUGACAUGAUUUAUACUAUGAGGGACAACAUUAAAGGAUCAAUACAUCGUUAUAAUUAAUUAAAAUCAUUGAAGGCGAGCUCAGUUCUGCCUCAAUUAUUUAGUAUAGGUCUUGAGAGUCUAUUAAAUGCCGUACAACAAAUAUGAAGAUUCAAUAGACAGAUUCGUUCACACUUAGAUUAAAAACUGGAAAACAGUGAUUACAACAUUUAAUGCACGACAAUAGAGAUCGAAACCAAGUACUUAAUGAACAUAAGUCAUAGAAAACGCACACUUGAAGGGCCAUUUUAUUCGUACCCAUACCAGAAGAACGUUGCGAUGAACGGCAUGUCCGAUCCCCAGGCCGUCCUCAAGGCGAAGGACGAGCAAAUACAGGCUCUAAAGGCGCAGCUUGUCGCCAAGGAGGAGGAAAUAGUGCAACUGAGAAGCCAGCUGGACAAGUUCCAGUCGGUGCUGCCAAAUGCGCUGAUUCAGCCGCGCAAGGUUCGAGCUCAGGGCAUCUCGGCCGAGCCGCAGACCGCCAAGAACAUCAAGGAUUACGUGGCAAAUGUUAAGCUGCAAACUCACAAGAAAACCAACAGUUCGAAGGAGCUGAUCAAGCGAGCCAUUAUGGACAACGACUUCAUGAAGAACCUUGAGGUGAGCCAGAUCCACGACAUCGUCGAGUGCAUGCACCCAGUGGAGUUUACUCGGGGCAGCAUGAUCAUUAAAGAGGGCGACGUGGGGUCCCUCGUAUACGUCAUGGAAGAGGGCAAGGUCGAGGUGACAAAGGCCAACACGAAGCUCUGCACGAUGGGACCAGAGAAAGUGUUCGGGGAGCUCGCCAUCCUGUACAACUGCACGCGAACCGCCAGUAUAAAAGCUUUAACAGCCUGUAAAUUAUGGGCCAUUGACAGACCUUCAUUCCAGAGUAUUAUGAUGCGUUCAGGUCUUCUACGCCAAAUAGAAUAUAAAGAAUUUCUUAAAAGUGUUCCGUCCUUCAAAAAUCUACCAGAGGAAACCAUCAGCAAGAUAGCUGAUGUUCUAGAAGAGACUCACUACAACAAUGGCGAGUGCAUCAUACGACAGGGAGCACGCGGCGACACAUUCUUCAUCAUUUCCAAAGGAAAGGUGAAGGUCACCAAGAGGACCUCCAAGGGUACCGAGGACCAGUCUAUACGAUACCUACAGCGGGGCGAGUUCUUCGGGGAGAAAGCUCUGCAAGGUGAAGACAUUCGUACAGCCAAUGUGACAGCGGACGAUCCCGAGGGGGUGGACUGUCUGGUUCUAGACCGAGAAUCGUACACGCAGCUGAUCAGUAAUAUUGACGACUUGCAGAGGACAUACGAGGACGAAGAAGUUGUAAACAAUGUUGAGGCGGAGUUUGCCAAGUUAAAGCUGGGAGAUCUCAGUAUCGUUACCACUCUGGGCGUCGGCGGCUUUGGGCGGGUUGAACUGGUACAAAUCAACAACGACACCAGCCGGACGUUCGCCUUGAAGAUAAUGCGAAAGCAUCACAUCGUGGAGACGCGGCAGCAAGAACACAUCAUGAACGAGAAGAAGAUCAUGGCUGAGGCCAGAUCCGAGUUCAUUGUCAAGCUGCAUCGGACAUUCAAAGACCGGAAGUACCUGUAUAUGAUGAUGGAAGUGUGUCUGGGUGGGGAGCUGUGGACGGUGCUUAGAGACAAGGGUUCUUUUGACGACACGACCACGCGGUUCUACACAGGCUGCGUUCUAGAGGCGUACACUUACCUACACAGCAAGGGCAUCGUGUACAGAGACCUCAAACCCGAGAAUCUUCUUCUAGACGCAAACGGCUACUGCAAGCUGGUAGAUUUCGGUUUCGCCAAGAAAGUGGGUCUCGGUCGCAAGACGUGGACCUUCUGUGGGACCCCCGAGUACGUGGCCCCAGAGGUGAUCCUGAACAAGGGCCAUGACAUCACGGCUGACUACUGGUCGUUAGGGAUUCUAAUGUUUGAAUUGCUCACUGGGAGCCCUCCGUUCUCCGGUCAGGACCCCAUGAAGACGUACAACCUGAUUCUGAAGGGAAUCGACACAAUCGAGUUUCCCAGGAAAAUCACCAAGAACGCCAACAACCUCAUUAAGAAACUCUGCAGGGACAUUCCUACGGAGCGCCUAGGUUUCGGUCGAGGGGGUAUUAGGGAAAUCCAGAAACACAAGUGGUUCGAGGGAUUCAACUGGGAGGGGCUAAAGAAACGCACCAUGACGGCCCCAAUUACACCAAAGAUCAAGAAUACAUCAGACACAUCAAAUUUCGACGAUUACCCGGAUGAUGAGGAAACCGCGCCGCCAGACGACCUCUCUGGUUGGGAUAGGGACUUUUAAACACGUAGAUUAUCACGUGACCACUUUCGGAACUACGAUGUACUACUCUGGUGUUACGUCCUGUUUAUAAAGGCAAUGCUGGGCUUUGAAAUCAAAUCUCAAAUGUGCGUUAAACGAGUAAUGUGACACAUAGAAUAGGUAUGCUCUGCUUAGUGCACAACUGUUUAACAAGUUGAUGCAUUGCAAGAGAAACGCAUAAUUAAAGUAAACUUUGAAAUGCAUUUAUGCAUUUUAAGUAAACAGAUGUUUUGAUUUACAAAUUAAUGUGUAUAUUUAAUCAAGCAACCACUGCAAAGUAGUUCUUCUGUUGAGGUACUUAUCACUCGGGAAAUUAUAAAAUAAUAAAUGGCAUUUUUGUAGCAAGUUUAGAAAAAAGUGAAAAUGAGAUAUAUAUUAUUGUACUACAUACAAGUAUUACAUUAACAAACGUAGAAUCACGUGUGACUCUUGGUGUUGUCAUGGUGUCACGAGACUGUCCAAUGGAGGGACGUGAGUAGGAACACAAGAAGUAUUUUGGGUAGUUCUUUGGUCUGUCAAUGUGUCGGAUCGAGAUCAUGUUUUGAUCAAAUUUACCAAAGAAACUUUGAGUGCCUUCUUUUUUUAGAAAAGUAAUAUAUUUUGUUGUUAACUUGAGAAAUGUAUGCAAUCAUUAACCAUAAUAUCGCAAUCAUUGUGUAUGUUUUAACAUUGUUACAUUUGUAUUUGUUGUUUAUACAUUAGGCUAGAUAUUUCAUAGUAUUUCUUUAAUGUGGAUUAAUAGAUUGUUGCCAGUGGAAGGUGGCAAUCGAUAUUAGCUAUUGAUUGCUAUUGAAAUUUUUAUUUGCAUUACUUUGAUGUUUAUGUCGUUUGUUGUAGAAUAUUGUUAUUAUUUUUUAUGACGUUGUUAUAUCAGUGUACAGUUUUUUGUAACUAGAUCAACACCGGCAUAUACCAGCUUAAAAGUUAGUACGGUAGUUUUCAUCGUACAAUCAUUGUUAUGCUAGUGAAUUUUAUACUGAUGCAUAUUUUGCGAAAAUAAAAAAAAGAUAUUGCUAAA